AAAAUAAAAUAAUAAAUAAAACGAAAAAAACAAAAUCCCUAAUCCUUAAUCCCUUUCCCCCUCUCCCUCUCUCUCGCCCAGCAGCCGGUUCCUCCCUCCGCCAGAAGACGCCGCGCCGAAGCCCUCCGACCUCCGCUGUUCCUCCUCCUCUUCUUCUUCUUCCUCUUCUCCUUCUUCUUCUUCUUCUCCUCCACCAGUCGUCCUCCGCCAGGCGCCGUCGCCUUCCUCCGCCGAUCCAGACGCCGGCGAGCGUCUUCUUCACCGCGACGCCAUCGCUCCCCCAGUCCUCCAUCAGAAGUCACGACUCCGCCUCCGACAAUCUCCGCCGAGCCAGAACAACCUCCAGCACGAACCGCACUCCGCCAAGGCCGUCGCCGAUCACCGCAUCCACUCCUCUAAUUGGAUCGGAAUGAGUCGCCAAUUAGCAAAUCCCUCCGCUGGCAAGCGGAGGAGGCCUGAAAGUGAACCGCAAGGUCGGGUAGAUGCCGAGCGUGUAAUCCUGAAUUUGAUCAAAGAUAAGAAGGAUUUGGGCAUUUGGUUAAGAGACAUCAAGCAAGAGUCAAAACUGCCCGAUCCUACUGUUAACAAAUCGCUCAAGUCAUUGAUUUCGAAGAACUUGAUUAAGGAGGUUGUCAACAUUCAAAACAAAGGAAGGAAACACUAUAUGGCUUUCGAGUUCGAACCUUCUAAGGAAAUAACCGGGGGCGACUGGUACGUCAAUGGAGUCCUUGACCAAGAACUUAUUACUGUGCUUAAAAGGGUGUGCUUACAGUAUUUGGAGAGGAAGGUUGUUGCCGAUCUGGAGGAUGUUCACGAUGUGCUGAAGAGGAAAGGCAUAGUGAAUUUUACGAUUAGUAGCCAGCAAGUCGAUGAGAUACUGAAUGCAAUGGUUUUGGACAAUGAUAUCGUAGAGGUCAAGAGCACAGGGGUGGGAGAUUAUCGUUCGAUUCCCAUUGGUAAAACAUGUUACAGAACUGCAAGCGGUGCUGGGGUUGUGAAACCUCUGAAAACGGGUGCAUUUGGUUCGAUCCCCUGCGGAGCCUGUCCCCGAAUUAGUGUGUGCACGCCUGAUGGGGUUAUCUCCCCAGCUACUUGUGUCUAUUAUACCAAAUGGCUCAACGUUGAUUUUUGAAGCUAGAUAGAUAUCUUUUGUGCACUUGCUCUUUGCUAUCUUGGAUUUGGAUUGGAAAGAUUUGGUUUGAGGUUUUUAGUUAAAUAAUGUUUGAUGCUAUGUUUUUUAAGAGGAAAAUAUGCUUCUUUAUUUUUUUUAGAAAAAAAAAAUGCAGGGUUCACAUAAUAAAAUUUUGAAAAUUAUCGAA